GGAUCACGUUAUCUGUUCUUUGAUUAGCUGAGUAAGCAUAUUGAGUACUUUAAGACAUAUAAAUAAAAUUAAGAUUUAAGCCAGAUUCAGAAGAAUUUGUUCACUUCGUAGUUAAACCCAAAGGACGCAGAAGAAUUUUUGAAACGUGGAUUUUUUUGGAUAAAGACUUCUAUUUCUCGGUUCUAAAAAGAAUGUCAUCCAAAAGUUUAUUUGCAACAUUGUUAUUGUUGUACAUUUCAAUACACGUGGAAGCGCGAUAUGAAAAUAUAUUUUGUUUUGUGAUGGAAGAUCAUCAUUUACACUUAAAUAUCUCAUUUGAUGAUAAAAUGUUGUAUUCAAAAGAAAAUACACGAAUGAUGAUUACAAUGAAACCCAAAAGUUGGGGAGGGUGGGCGAACUACACAACUUGUACGUUUCAUAGAAUACAUCAAACAAAUUACACGUUAAAUUGUAGAAUUGGAGAUAUAUAUACAUGGAGCGAUGAUGAUUAUAUUGUUAAAAGGCUUGUUUUGCAUCGUGGAAAUAACUCGCUACAUUUACAAGACACUGUACAUGAAAACUACUAUGAAAGCACCUUCAGUUGUCACGAUGAUCAUGAGAUUAAAAACUUAACAGCAGUUUCCACAAAGAAUUCAACUACAAUCCGUUGGUAUACAAAUAAAUGGGAUGAUGAAAAUUUGCAUAUCUCUUGGACAGACAUCAAAAUGAAAGAACAUUACAAAGCGGAAGUUAUUUACAAAGAAUUGCAAAAGUUUACAGAAUGCUCCAAUGGUUGUUCAUACACUGAAAAAAACCUUAAAAAAUGCAAGGUAUAUCUAAUUUGCGUUAAAAAUGUAUUUUCCUACACAGGUUUUACCGAAUCGUGCAUUACCACGAAGACACAAUGCGAACCACCGCACGAUGUUAAAAAGUUGAUCAACAACACAAUUUCUAUCAUUGUUGCGGUUGCAACUGUACUGUUAUUUAUUUGUUUGAUCACAGGGAUAAUGAUCGGAAGAUUUUUAGAAAAAAGAAUAAACAAAAAUAAUGCUAAUGGAUUCCAAAGUGAGGAGAUGGAAAAACUUAGUGUAAAUGAUUCUGAGGUUCAGAUAAAAGUGCAACCGUCCUGUUCCAUGUCAAGCAUGCAUACCAAUGGUUCAUUGACCAAUCACUUAAUACGUGUUGACAUUGUAUGAUUUCUUAUUUUUAUUUCAAUAUAAGUUAUAACAAGGAGGCUUAAAAAGAAAAAAGGUACAUCUAAGCAAUGUCCAUUUCAAUUCUAUUCAAAUUUCCACUGUUUACGUCCUCCUUUGAAAUCUGUAGCGCAGCUUUGCUGUAUUUUCACAUACCGAGAGUAAAACGAGUAAGUUUAUUUCAGUACUUGCAAAACGAUCCAAUUGGUGCUUGAAACUUGUAUUGUGUAGAUUGAUGCCCUGGGAUAUGAUAUAAUUUUGUAUCUUGUA